GACACACUCAGCGUUAGGUUAUAUCCAGUUUCCACAGCUUUGUCUCUGCGGUAUUCCUUUCCCUCCGUGUUACCAUUCUCAAAUCUCAUCGGACAGACGCAGAGAGAGUUAGGGUUUAGGUCGGUCGAGCUCAAUGGAAGAGAUUACAGAAGGAGUGAACGCCAUAAACCUGGCCGGAGACUCCCACAAGAAGAACCGGAUCCAAGUCUCCAACACCAAGAAACCUUUAUUCUUCUACGUCAAUCUCGCUAAGAGGUAUAUGCAACAGCAUAACGAGGUCGAGCUCUCCGCCCUUGGAAUGGCUAUUGCCACAGUUGUUACUAUAGCAGAAAUUCUGAAAAAUAAUGGACUGGCUGUUGAGAAGAGGAUCAUGACCUCGACUGUUGAUAUUAAAGAUGACUCAAGGGGGCGACCGAUCCAAAAGGCAAAGAUUGAAAUAAUGCUAGGGAAGACUGAAAACUUCGAUGAAUUGAUGGCAGCUGCUGCUGAGGAGAGGGAUGGUGUUGUUGAUGUUGAUGAGCAAGGUUGAAGCGGGUUGUUUCCUAGUGUCUGGUUUGCUUUGCUUUUGUUGUUCUAGUUCUGGCAAAUGCACUUGAGUCAAUUUUAUUUACAAGAGAUUUGUAGGAAUCUAUUUGUGGUCCUAAUGAUUUUGUAACCACCGAAUUGUGUUAGUGUAGAAAUCAAAUGUGUUUGUUAUUUAAAAAUUUGUUUUCCUAUUGGGAUUUUUGGCAUAGAUUUUGGUUAGCAUACAUGAUGUGUUUGCUCUUUUUUGGAUAGGCAUCAUAGUUUAAAGUUUAUUGUUGAAUUAUUAUUGUAGGUUCUGAACUACAUGAGAUAAGCAUUGAAAGUUAAAAAAACUAAUGCACUGCCGCAUUUCAAGCUUUCUUUUGGUUUA